AUGCCGCGCGCAACGACAACACCACCAGAGGACGGCGGGCCGGCGGCGGCCCCGCUGGCUCGAGCAUCGCUGCUGGGGCUGCCGCGCGAGGUGCGGAACCUCGUCUACGAAUUCGUCCUGUAUGCAUCGCGGAGACCAGCCGUGGGCAACGACUACGCCACCGCACGCCCGCUGCUGAUGGACGCCCUAACAUACGGCCCGGCCCGCGAGCUGCUCCUGGUCAACCGCCAGAUCCACGCCGAGUACGUCGAGGCCGUGUACCGCUAUUGCCAGCUGCAGGGCGAGCUGGGGCCCGAGGACAGCUGCGAGCUCAAGCUGUCGACGGGCGGCUGGCCGCGCCAGCGCGCCCUGCACCAGGCCGGCCUGCUGCAGCACCUGCGCAACUGGGAGGUGCAGACCGACUUCACCGACGUCGUCGGCGACCCCUUCAUGCCGCGCUGGGUGCUGUUCCUGGGGAGCCUGAGCCAGUCGCUGGAGCUGAAGCAGCUCAACCUCGAGGCCUCGCUGGAGAAGGCCCUGCCGCAGAUGCCCGCCCUGCGCGAGCUCACUCUGCGCCUGGUGCUGCCCCCCUACCCGCGCCUGCAGAAGUUCCUCACCAGCGGCUUCGACUUCGCCCGCUUCCUCGCCUACCAGCCGCCGCUGCGACACGCCGACCCCAAGGCUCCCGCCUACUCCUCGCUGCGCCGCCUCACCAAGCUCGUCACCCCGGACUUCAGCGACGACGGCGCCCAGACGUACAUCGACGGCACCCACGUGCUCGAGCUGAUGGAGCGCGUCGACCGCGUCUGCCAGAAGACGGGCCGCCUGGAGAAGACGUCGGAGCUGGUGCGCGACCCCAACUACUGGAAGUUCUACCAGGAGUCGCUCAACGCCGGCAAGAACUGGGUCAUGCACAACGAGCGCGCCAUCGCCUACGCCGAGGCCCGCGCCUGCGCAAAGCAGGGCUACGACCGCUGGGUCGCCAAGGGGAAGCCAAUGUGGAACGAGGCCGUCAACUGGGUCGCCGCAGAUUGA